AUGGAGAACCGCGACGUAACGGGGCUUGGGGCUUUCGGCGGUUACCAGGAGGGGCUUCGAAGGAGACAUGGCGCCCAACGACGUGGGGCAGGAAGCGCGGAUGCACUUCACCGGCCCCGAACGGUAGAACAGCGGUCGAUGUGGGAUUUCACAAUGGAUGAAACCCCGGUUCCACCGUCGAGUACAUUCGUAAGCACGGAAACAUCGGCACGGUCACUCGCUAACGCAACUACCAUUACUAACGUCCCAGCUAGGACGGCGGUCGAACAAGAUACCGCGAACGUAGUAAUGUUUGAGGCUCUUACAGAAUUUACGCGUCAGGGAACGGCUCUACGCGCGAUGGAAAUACGGGAAGAACCCGAAUUCGAAUUCUCAGGCAGCAUCGUCGAAGACCCGGAGGAAUAUAUCAACGCCUUGGAAGCAUGGUUCAUACAGAAAAGUGUCUCACCGGCAAGGCAACAAAUGCUAAUCAGGCGCACACUAACCAAAGACGCCUAUAAAUGGUUCGACGAAAUUUCAACGCCCGGUUUACAAUGGGAAUUGUUUAAAUGUCAAUUUUUGGCCCGAUUCAAUUCUACAGCGGUGCGUUCGUCCCUGCUCAAACAGUUAUACGGACAACCGCAGCGACCGGGAGAAACGGCGUACGCAUUUAUAACAGCGAAGUGGGGUCUGUUUAAACGACUGGUGCCAGAUACACCGGAGGCGGAUCGAAUGGAAAGCAUACGGGAACUCCUCCCGCCGCAGACGAGAGUGGUCACACGCGUGGAAGUCGUGGCGAGGCUAGGCAGAAAAUACGGUGCCGCGUGGAAAUCCACCACCACCCGGGAAUGGUCUACCUUCGGCGUGUCGUUUCUGCCAAGGACGGCACUUCCACAGAGAUUGUCCAUCCAGGCAGGGAAACUGGAUGAGGGCCGGGGCACCUUCCCAGUCGCAGGGCGCCCGGCCCGAAGAAGAUCGACGCGAGAGGCCACCCCAGGCGGGCCCGAGCGCCAACUAACUAUAGGCCUUAACCAAGCGACGAGAGCGACUCAAAAACAAAUUUUCUUGGCAUGCGACGCGACGAAUGCGGAGGCGUGUGGCGUGGUCAACGUAACAUUCUACAUACAAGACACCCUGUACGAAGCAGAAUGCCUAGUAAUACCGAACUUACGAGAGGACCAUAUACUGGGACAACCAUGGUUGUCGAAGCAUGAAGCGGUCGUGGAUACUGCGCGGAAAUGCGUCCAUCUGGGACGAGAGUUACGACAAACCACUUACUGGUCAGAAACCUUCGCGCGGAACAACGUUACCCAGCCGCCUGCACAGUUGUUAGAACACGUCGCGCAGCCGGACCGCGAACAAUACGAAGAAAUAUUAGGACAUUACGUCGAAGUCUUCGCAGAAGCCGACAUCCCGUCCACCACGAUUUCAACGCAACACCGAAUACUAUUAAAAGACGAAACUCCCGUUCGAGCGAGAACCUACCGCUGCUCGGAGGAGCGGAAACGGAUUAUAAACGAGGAGGUCUCGAAGAUGCUUAAGCAAGGCAUCGUGCGGCGGAGCGCGUCUGAUUAUAGUAGUCCGAUCGUGAUCGUUAAGAAACGUGAUGGCAAACAACGUUUUUGCGUGGACUAUCGGCUCCUUAAUGCACGCACAAAAGUAGAAGUAAGCCAAUUACCGCCUAUUGCCGACACGCUCAUGGAACUGAGAACAGCAAAAGUGUUCACUACGCUCGACCUACGGAGUGGGUACUGGCAGGUACCUUUAUCGGCGAAAUCAAAAAGGUACACGGCCUUCAGUACUCCCGACGGAGCGACAUACGAAUUUCAAGUGAUGCCCUUCGGCCUUGCCGGCGCUCCGGGGACUUUUCAAAAACUUAUGAUCAACGUCUUGGAAAGUUAUGUCCACAAGUUUGUUAAAGUCUACUUGGACGACGUAAUCGUUUAUUCCGACAACCACGAAGAACACCGGGUGCACCUAUCUAAAGUACUAGAACGUCUAGCGGUGCAUGGCUUACGAUGCGCGCCGGAAAAAUGCCAGAUAGCUACUCGGCAGAUUGAGUACCUCGGUCACGUGAUCACCGAAACAAGGAACCUCCCGCAGCAGGAACAUCUUCGAAGAAUACAGGACUUCCAGGCGCCCCGAACAAGGUAA